GCAACAGUCCUUAAACGACAGCGUUUACGUCCUUAGUGUAUUAAACUGGCCGGAGUCGCCGUGAUAGAGUAGAGAAGAUGAGCGGCGGAGGAAACAACGUCGUGAACAAAGUGUUCUACGCGACGUCGUAUCAUCCUAUCCAAGCCGGAAGUAUAGACGGAACCGACGUUGCGCCGCAUGAUAACGGCGUCCGUCGAGCUCUCCUCUGUUACAACGCCGGUCUAUAUGAUCCCUUUGGCGAUUCGAAAGCUGCCGGAGAUCCUUACUGUACCUUAUUCGUGGGUCGAAUCUCUCAUCUUACUACAGAGGAUACUCUUCGUGAGGCUAUGAGUAAACAUGGCAAAGUUAAGAGCUUGCGUUUGGUCAGACACAUUGUGACGGGUGCAUCACGAGGAUAUGCUUUUGUGGAGUAUGAGACUGAAAAGGAGAUGCGUCGUGCUUACGAGGAUGCUCAUCAUUCGUUCAUUGAUGGUAGAGAGAUUAUUGUUGAUUAUAAUAGGCAGCAACUGAUGCCUGGAUGGAUACCAAGACGAUUAGGAGGGGGACUUGGUGGUAGGAAAGAGUCUGGACAACUUCGUUUUGGAGGACGAGAAAGACCAUUCCGUGCUCCCUUGCGGCCAAUCCCUCAUGAAGAUUUGAAGAAGCUUGGGAUUCAGCUUCCACCAGAGGGAAGAUACAUGUCACGUACCCAGAUACCAUCACCACCGAGGAGAAAAGGGAGUGUGUCCGAUAGAGAGGAAGGAUAUUAUAGGGAAGAAGAGAGGAGCCCUGUCAAGAGAGAAGGGUCUUAUCACGGUCACAGGGAAAGCGAGAGGGCUCAUAGAAGACACAACAAAGACAAAGAGGAGCGUUCCAGAGUAGAGUCUCGGUCUGACAGAAAAGAGAGGUCACGAGGGAGAGAAGAUCGAUAUGGUGAUAAGGAAGAUGUUUCUGGCAGCAGAAGAUCAAACCAUGGAGAAGAACGUCCUCACAAACGUCAUAAACACAGGCGUCUCCGUCAUCAUAGGAGGUCUUCUAGCCGGGAUCAUCAUUCUUCUGAUUGAAUCUCUUAAGUUUCUGUGAGAGAUUCCACCUAGUGUCCCGAGAAUCUUCAAACCGCAUGAUAGUUUGUAGUAUAAUUUGACAAUGGAACAUGUUGUUCGUGGGGCUAGUUUCUGUAUUUAAUAAACCAUCAAAACACAAGAGACUAAUGACUUCGGGGACACCAUAAAGUUCUCAGUGCUAUGAUACGAAAAACAUAGUUGUAGUUAUUUUUCUUUUCUUUUCA